ACAGAGCCGAGCCACGAAUACCACUGCAGGAGGAUAAAAGCUUUCAGUAGGAUCAGACACCAGCACUGAUCACUUCUCCUCCCGGCCCGAGAAAAACACAGCCAAAUGAAAAUGACGGGCUUUUCACAUCAACCGAAUGAAAAAGAGACUGUAGAUGGACUGUCUUUUAGGGAGAGGAGAGAAAAUUCUGCUUUGAGGCCCGAUUUGUCUGUGAACUCCUUUCCUGAAGGCUCUUUGAUUCCAGACUACAGAGAACCAGAGCUUCCGCUCAGCAAUGGGAAGAAAUACCACGCCAGCAUGAAGAACAUGAUUCCUGUUCGCUUCAGCUCAGGAUCGAAUCCAAUAGACGAUGCCGGAUUCUUCUCCUUCACCUCCUUCACAUGGAUGACUCCCAUGAUGUGGAAGUUGUUCAGGAAUCGUCUGGAUAAAGAUUCCCUCAGUCUUUCUCCUUAUGACGGAGCGCACCCUAACGGAGAGAGGUUCAUAAAGAUGUGGGAGGAGGAGGUAGCGCGUGUCGGCAUGGAGAAAGCGUCCCUCGGCGCAGUCGUGAUGCGUUUUCAGAGGACUCGCUUCAUAGUCUCUUCCAUCGCCUCGGUUCUAUUCACAUUGUCCGUGUUUUUAGGACCGUCAAUUCUGGUAAACGAGAUCCUGACGUACGUGGAGCAGUUCGACGGAUCCAUGCUAGGACACGGCCUCGGCCUGUGUGUGGCGCUGUUCAUCACCGAGUUCAGUAAAGCGUUCUUCGCGUCGCUGAUGUGGGCUAUAAACCUGCGCACUGCCAUCCGAAUGAAAGGAGCCUUCAGCAUGCUCGCCUUCCAGAAAAUCAUCACGCUCCGAACUCUCAGCGACGUCACUGUAGGAGAGAUGAUCAACGUAUUAACGAAUGACGGCUAUCGUAUGUUCGAGUCGGUACUCUUCGGCACGUUUCUGCUGUGUAUCCCCGUGUUGCUGGUUGUGUGUAUUAUUUAUUCUUGCUACAUCUUGGGCUACACUGCACUCAUAGGAAUCGUCACGUACCUCAUCUUUAUACCCAUCCAGUUCUACAUCGGUGUGCUGAUCAGAGUUUUUCGGAAAAGAGCCAUCUCGGUGACGGACAUACGCGUACGCACCAUGAACGAAGUCCUGACCUGCAUCAAACUCAUUAAAAUGUACGCAUGGGAGGAGUCUUUCGAAAAGAAAAUCACAGAUAUCAGGAAGGACGAGAAGCUUCUUUUGGAGAAAGCAGGCUAUACCCAAAGUGUGAACUCUUCCUUAACAGCUAUAGUUCCAUCGCUGGCCACGAUCCUGGCUUUUAUCACUCACACAGCACUUCAGUUCCCUUUGCAGCCUUCUACUGCAUACACCAUCAUCGCUGUGUUUAACUCGAUGCGGAUGACGAUGGGUCUGCUGCCGUUCUCUGUUAAAGCACUGGCUGAAGCGAAAGUGGCUAUGGCACGAUUAAAGAGGAUCCUUAUGAUAAAGAACCCCGACCCCUAUCUGCUCCAGAACAAAGACCAGAGUGACGCUUUAGUGAUGAACAAAGCUUCAUUCUCGUGGAAUUCCCCUUCUCCAAACAGCCCUGAGAGCCCAGGGACCGUGGCUAACGGGGUGAAGAAUGGUAAAGUGGAGCCUGCGGAGGUCAAUCAGAACGGCACACACACACAAGGCAUGCAAGCAACACUGAGGAACAUCACCUUUACUCUUCCCAAGGGAAAUUUACUUGGAGUUUGUGGUAAUGUUGGAAGUGGUAAAACCUCACUGAUAUCAAGCAUACUUGAGCAGAUGCAUCUUCAGAGUGGAUCAGUCUCGGUAAACGGAACGUUAGCCUACGUUUCCCAGCAAGCCUGGAUCUUUCACGGAUCAGUACGAGAUAAUAUUUUAAUGGGAGAACCUUUUAACCAAGAGAGGUAUUACCGUGUUAUCCAUGCCUGCUGUCUGAAACCAGAUCUUGCUAUUCUCCCGUAUGGUGACCAGACAGAGAUCGGAGAGCGCGGUCUGAACUUAUCAGGUGGUCAGAAGCAGAGAGUCAGCCUAGCGAGAGCUGUCUACUCCAACCGAGACAUCCUCCUAUUGGACGACCCUUUGUCGGCGGUUGACGCCCACGUGGGCAAGCACAUCUUUGAAGAGUGCAUCAAGAAAGAGCUGAAGGGCAAGACCGUGAUCCUGGUCACACAUCAGCUUCAGUAUUUGGAAUUCUGUGAUGCGGUCUUGCUCUUGGAAAACGGGAAGAUUAAGGAAGCCGGACCGCACAGUGUGCUGAUGAAAGCAAAUGGUCGAUAUGCACAUCUCCUCAACAACUACCAGCCGGAACAGAGCGAAGAGAAAAAGGAGGAAGCCCCGGAGAGCCCCUCCAAUUCCAGCGAGCAGAGCAAACAGGGCAGAGCAGGGUCCAAAAGCGAAGGAAUCAUAAACGCAGCUUUCGACAUGUCUGAUGAGAGACUUAAACCAGUACCCGAUGCUCAGGAAACAAAAGAGAGUAAAGACCAACUCGUCAGCAAGGAGGUGUCUCAGGAAGGAUCAGUUACUUUCAGAACUUACCGUCAAUACUGCCGUGCUGCUGGAGGUUACAUUCUGUUGUUUUUGGUCAUGCUAUCCUUCAUCCUGCUGGUGGGAAUGACUGCCUUCUGCAACUGGUGGCUCAGUUACUGGCUAAGUCAAGGCUCUGGGAAUGGAACAAAUCCCAACUCGACCACCAGUGACAUCUCCAAAAAUCCAGAUCUGGGCUUCUAUCAGAUGGUAUACGGCUUGAGCGUGAUGGUCAUGGUGGUGCUGAGCAUCGUGAAGGGCUACGCUUUCACUAAAGUGACGCUGCACGCUUCCUCUAAACUCCACGACACCAUGUUCAGGAGGAUCCUGGCCAGUCCUAUGAGCUUCUUCGACACGACUCCUACCGGCCGUAUGGUGAAUCGCUUCAGCAAAGAUCAAGACGAGAUCGACACCGCUCUGCCUUUCAACAUGGAGAACUUCCUGCAGUUCUGCCUCAUCGUCACCUGCACGCUCUUGACCGUGUGCAUCGUUUUCCCCUUCCUCCUCAUUGUUGUGGCUAUACUGGGAGCCAUCUUUGCUAUCAUCCUCUACAUGUUCCAGAGGAGCAUUCGAGAGAUGAAGAGGCUGGAAAACGUGAGCCGCUCUCCCUGCAUCUCUCUCACGACCUCCGUCAUCCAGGGCCUCAGCACCAUCCAUGCCUAUGACAAAAGAGCACAGUACAUACAAAGGUUUAAAGUGAUUAGCGACCAUAACUCCAAUCACUUCCUGUUGUUUAACUGCGGUACACGUUGGCUCUCUUUUUGGCUGGACUUCCUGUCUGCAUCGAUUACUCUCUUUGUGGCGCUGUUUGUAGUGCUCAGCCCCAACAAGGUCGUCAAUCCUUCACUCAAGGGUCUGGCACUAUCAUAUACCAUACAGUUGACAGGCAUACUACAGUACGUGGUGAGGCUUUCUACAGAAGUGGAGGCGAAGUUUACCUCCGUCGAGAGACUGCAGGAGUACAUCACAGGCUGUGUGUCUGAAGCGCCGCGGAAAGUGAAAGACAUUGACAUCCCAUCAGGCUGGCCACAGGAGGGUGCUAUCACAUUUAAAAACUACAGCAUGAGGUACAGAGAGAACACACCGAUCGUGCUCGAUCAGCUCGAUCUCUCAAUCAAACCACAAGAGAAACUCGGCAUUGUGGGGCGUACCGGCUCAGGUAAAUCAUCACUCAGUGUGGCCCUGUUCCGCUUGGUGGAGCCUGCAGAGGGCACUAUUCUGAUCGACAGCAUGGACGUCUGCACUAUAGGGCUCCAGGACCUUCGCAGUCAGCUGUCCAUCAUCCCACAGGACCCGGUCCUCUUCAUCGGCACCGUCAGGUAUAACCUCGACCCAUUUAAUAAGUACACAGAUGAGGAGAUCUGGAUGGCUCUGGAGAAAACAUACAUGAAAAACUCAAUCUCUGGUUUGCCACAGAAGCUGGAUUCAGCAGUCGUGGAGAACGGUGAGAAUUUUUCCGUAGGAGAGAGACAGCUGAUGUGCAUGGCCAGAGCACUGCUUCGCAAUUCGAAAAUCAUUCUGCUGGACGAGGCAACGGCGUCUAUAGACUCAGAGACAGACAGUCUGAUCCAGCACACCAUCAGAGACGCCUUCCAGCACUGCACCAUGCUCACUAUAGCGCACCGCAUCAACACCGUGCUCGAGUGUGACCGCAUCCUCGUCAUGGACAAGGGCAAGGUCGUUGAAUUUGAUCGGCCGCAGGAUCUCAUGCAAAAACCAGACUCUGCCUUUGCGUCACUUUUAGCAGCAGCCCACACCGUCAAGUCCUGAAACACACACACACACACACACACACUCACACACACACACACACACACACUCACACACAUACACACACACACAGACAGAAAUCUGCACAGAUUUCCUGUGGUCUGCUCAUCAUUAACUCGGUCAGGAGUCAGCUUUACACACACUGUUUAUACAUAAACACUCAGCAGAUGAGAAUGAGAUAAUAACAGUUUCAGAUUAUUAGAAACAGUGCAGCAUGUUUAAAGCCGUACAGAAAGGUAGGAGGACAUCGUCCAGGACCGUUCGGUGCCUUGAGAAGGACGGCGUACAAGUGUAUCCUCCGUUGUGGUCAUCACUAUGAAAUCUCAGACAUGCUUACAUCUCCUCUUGUGCUUUUUUUUUAGUUCUUACUAUAUAAAUGGUCAUGCAUCACACAUGUAAGUCUUAUUAGAACCCUGAGUCCCUCAAUCGAACCACCUUCGGUCACCUGAUCACUCAUCAUACCCGAGAGCUUUAACAGCACAUUAUAUGAUUUGCACCUUAUCAUUUUGUAUAAAAGAGUUUUUUUCCCAAACAGCUCUGUUUCUGAAUCAGAAUUACUCCUGAUAUGAGCUUUGACUCUUCCUUCAGUUCUCAUAGGACUAAAACUGAUGUAUAUUCAAAAUAUUUAUUGAUUUUAUAUCUAUAUAUCUAUACUAUGUAAGGUGAUCUGAACUAAUAAUCGUCACGUUUUUUUGUAUAUUUUUGUACAGUCUAAUAAAACCUUCAAUGAAA